AUGCCUGUCAUUUCUACUAUCUUCGACGGCGCCGCACAUGUCACCGUCUCUGGCUGUCUCGCUGCAUUCUUGUUCAAGCGAACUAUCGUGGACCGCACGUCCAAGGCCAUCAAAGAAGCGGAGAACACUGCCCGGAUACUCCUCAGAAAUGACACCGAGCCUAAUCUAGCACCUCUCGCCAUCAACGAAUCCAAUUUCUCUGCUGCACUCUCAAUUUCUUCAAUUUACUCCAGCACUUCAACACCCACUAAUUCUACUGCACCCUGCACACCACUACUACCUUCGUCACCAGUUCAGAGGCCGAAACGACUCUCGAUCGAUUCAGAUGUUACCCUCGUUGACAACGAUGACGACUUUGCUGGUGACCCCCCUGGCACCUCGGACCUUCUCUCGCUCGGCAGCACUCCGUCUUCGAUUGCCACCCCGCAGCUAAAACCUCUGGAUAAGAAGCAUCAGAGUUCCUGCCCGGGUGAACACAAGCACGAAUCUAGAGCCUCUCGCUUGGUUGCUGUCCGUGACAGCAUCGAACGCACUCACGCCAAUCAACUCGACUACAUCAGUCAACUUGAACAACUUCAAAGCGAACUCCUCGUCGACCAGGCCACUCUUAUCGACGGCUGGGCUGCUGCCAUGGCGCAGCUUGGACUUACUUCUAUGCUGUCGCCAGGAACACCACUUCCGUAUCAGAAGACGCUCGCUUUAGGAAACUUGACAGAUAUUCUUCAAGACUGA